UCUAUUUAAUUUCAUUUUUGGAGCAAAAAAGCAUUUAGAAUUUUUGGCAACUGUGCAAUAAGUUUUCACUGAUUACACGAAUAGCUUUACGAUGCUGUGACCUUCAAAGACAGAAGUACGCAUUCCAUACAUUCAUUACACGGUUCAGCUGUAACGGUUGGGUGUUGCUGUGUUUCCGUUUUUGGUCAUCGUAAGUGAAACACCAUCUGACCCCAGACGUGCAGCAGAUGUGGUAGCUGUUACGCGAAUAGUCUUACAGGUUAUCAUAUGCCGCCGGAUGGAGGCAACGGAGCGUAAAGCAACCAGAGCGUGUCUAGUGCGGCACAUUGCAGUAGGAAAAGUUAUGUCGAUCUUUUUGAUAAGCUUCGAAUCGCAGAGAAACGCCUAUAAAAGCAACGCGCCAAGCUACCUGCAGACAUCAUCCAGCAAUCGUACGUUGCACCGAGCAGUUCACAUACGGCCGUCUACAACAUCGACGACGGAAAGGCUACCAUGAAGGCGUUCAUCGUGUUCUCUAUGGCCCUGGCCAUUGUUUGCGCUAGCGAACUCGAAAAUAAGAAGGAUAAGCGGGGAAUCUUAGAGCUGGAUUCGGGCUACGACUCGUACGGAGGAUAUGAUCUGCAUCAGCCGCUGAACUACGGAUACACCAAGAAGGAAAUCAUCACCAAGAAGGUCCCUGUCCCGUACCCAGUUGAGGUGGAGAAGCACGUUCCGGUGCACGUUAAGGUCCCAUACCCAGUUGAGGUCGAGAAGAAGGUCCCAGUCGUCGUGGAGAAGAAGGUUCCAGUGUACAUCGAGAAGAAGGUCCCGGUCCAUGUCGAUCGUCCGUACCCAGUUGAAGUGAAGGUCCCAGUUGAGGUCCCGGUCUACAAGAAGGAAUAUGUCGAGGUCCCGAAGCCAUACGCAGUUCAUGUCGAGAAGCCAUACCCAGUGUAUGUGAAGCAGCCAGUGUAUGUCGAGAAGCAGGUCCCAGUCACCGUGCACAUCAAGGAGCACCAUAAGAAAUCCCUCUGGGGCUAAGAUGGUGGAUGAUGAAACUGCCGCAAUUUGUUUGGCUAUUGU